GGAACAGCUGUUCAACACUGCAAGCUCGCGUUCUUAUUGGACGAAAAUAUUCGAAAAAAGGACGCGAAUCCUGGCGAGCAACGGCCAGGUGGGAGCAAAGAGCCGCUACCAUGCUCAAGACGCUCAAGCCGGACACGUACGCCGGAAUGGCGAACGCCAAGUGCGGCGAGAUCUACUUCCAGAGCCUGCACAGCUUUCGCAUCGACUGCGCGUUCUGUGAGAUGAAGAGCUUUGUCUUCGGGGACUUCCUGCUCCACGUCCAGAAUGUCCACUUCGAGAACGGGCUGCUGAAGACGGAGGCGGCCCUGGACGCCGGAGGAGCGGACCUCAAGCAGGAGCGGGAUCGCGACAGGGAGCACACCUCGCCGGUGCCCAUUGUGGCGCAGGUGAAUCCCUUUGCCUGGUACGAGAUUGGCGGCGACCACGACGAGGACAGCGACGACGAGGAUGAGCGGGUCUCUCUGGGGCCCGAGCUGGACGAGGAGGAGGAAGAGCGGCCGUUCAGGCAGACCAUCAUCAAGUGGCAAGUGGAUCAUCAUCAGCAUGCACCGGCAGCCAGCGAAUCCCUGCGUCAAGUGCGGGCCCUCAAGGUGGACUACAAGGAGGAGGACUCUGAGCAGGAGGAGUGCGCCAUCAAACUGGACCCGGACAGCGAAAGCAGGCAGUCGGCGAAGACGCCCCACUUCUGUCCGCACUGCACGAAGGUCUAUCAGAGCCGCAAGGUCCUAGAGCGGCACAUAGUGCGUCAGCACAAGGAUGCUGCCUCUCCGGAGGCGGACAGCGAGGAUGCGGACUACGAGCCGCCCAAGGAGGCGCCGGCCAAGACAUCCUCCACCGCGCAGGAGCACAAAUGCGAGCAUUGUGGCAAGAUCUACCACGGGAAAUACAGCCUGAGGCAGCAUUUAAAGCGGGACCACGACAACGGCGAGGAGGGCGGAGGAGGCUCCACCACCUUCACCUGCCUGGAGUGCGAAGCCCAGCUGCCGCGCCUCCGUCUGCUGGACGAGCACAUGGUGCAGGCCCACGGCGGAGCAGCCUGUGUGGUCUGCGGCCGGCGCUACAAGACGCGCCACGAGCUAAAGCGCCACCAGCUGAAGCACACCAGCGAACGGAACGUGCCCUGCCCGCAUCCCGGCUGCGGCAAGCGCUUCUUCACCGUCCGCCACAUGCGCAACCACGGCAAGGUGCACACGGAGCAGAAGAACUUCGUGUGCGAGAGCUGCGGCUACAGCUGCCGGAACAAGGAGACGCUGCGCGUCCACAUCAGGAGCCACACGGGCGAGCGGCCCUUCGGCUGCCAGGUGUGCGACAAGCGAUUCCCCUCGCACUCGGGCCUGCGCGAGCACAUGGCCAUGCAUUCCACGGAGCGGCCGCAUGUGUGCAGCGUCUGCGGGGCGACCUUCUCGCGGCAGAAGGGCCUCUAUCAUCACAAGUUCCUCCACGCGGACACCAAGCAGUUCGUCUGCAAGCUCUGCGGGAACGCCUAUGCCCAGGCGGCGGGACUCGCCGGACAUAUGCGCAAGCACCGGAACGACGAGCUCAACGGCUAGGAUCGCAAGGAUCCAGGGGACAAGUGUAGGCUAAUGUUUUGUAUCUUCCAGUCGCGACGUUUAGGUUUAGGAACUCAGGCAUAGGCUAUAGGAGACAGCAAUAUCUAAAGGUUCUUUUGUUUCGGUUUUCAUUCCAUGGAUUUUCCUCGAAUUUAGUUGUACCCAACUGGUACACUCCUCUAGACCUAGAACUAUGGCUGUUGUCCCAUCCGCUGGUUAAACUCAAAUUAGGCUUUCGGCUUAUAAUUUAAUUUACGGCUUAAAACCUACUUUUAGUUUAACAUGCGAGGGAUAAAGCGGUCCUGAAUGUUGUGAAAUGCAUUCACAAAAGUGGAAUUGUAAAUAUUAAGAUGGCAUGGAAAGCUGCUAAUCCUAAGCUUUGGUUAAACUUAGUAGAACUAAAGGUUUUUGUUGAACACUAAACUUUGUUAAAGUUAAAAAUACACAUAGACAUAUAGGUUAAGUCAAUUUAAGGUGUACAUACUGUAUAACGAAAUGCUUCCGACCACCAAGUCAAUUUCGACCAAGUCCUGUGAAGCCGAAGGGAAACCCUGAAAUCUGUAAUCCCGGCCAGCGGAUAACAUUGGAAUUUGGAAAUCCCCGCAGGAAACGGGGGAUAACCUUUUUGUAUUGAUAAAUAUAACAGAAUCUGAUUCACAAAA